AUGGGGACUGUGAAUAGUUGUCACAAUGAAGCUAGAAUACAAUUUGAGGCUUUUCAAGAUCAAAAGCAUAGUGUGGGGAAUAUUUUACGAGUACAUAGUCGCGAUAUGGAAAUUGAUUAUCGGACUCGUUUAAUAGCAAUGUUGGAUGUGACACGCUUUCUAUUGAAGCAAGGGUUGCCCUUUCGUGGACACAAUGAGUCAACUAGUUCUUCAAAUAGAGGUAAUUUUCUUGAGUUGCUUGAAUGGUAUAGUCAACGAAAUGAAGAGGUUUCUAAAGUUAUAAAACAAAAUGCUCCUGCAAACAAUCAAUUGACUUCCCCAAAAAUUCAAAAGGGUUUAACACGUGCUUGUGCUUCAGAGAUUACACUUGCUAUAAUCAAUGAUAUUGGAGAUAAAUUCUUUUCUUUGAUGGUUGAUGAGGCUAGAGACAGUUCAGUGAAGGAGCAUAUGAGAGUUGUUUUGAGGUAUGUGAAUAAAAAAGGAUGUGUGAUUGAACAAUUUCUUGCAGUUGUACAUGUGCCUGACACCAGUUCUCAUUCUUUGAAAAUGACUAUUGAUGCUUUAUUUGUGCAACAUGGUUUAUCAUUAUCUAGAUUGAGAGGCCAAGGAUAUGAUGGAGCUUCAAAUAUGCGUGGUGAGUUCAAUGGAUUGAAAUCUCUGAUACUACAAGAAAAUCCAUUUGCAAUGUAUGUUCACUGUUUCUCUCACCAGCUCCAAUUAGUUCUUGUUGCUGUUGCCCAUGACAAUUUGACUGUGAGUGAAUUUUUUGGGUAUAUCACUAUGAUUGUGAAUAUAUCUGGAGCAUCUUGUAAGAGGAGAGAUCAACUUAGAAAGAUUCAACAUGAUAAAAUAAUUGCUGAAUUGGAAAAUGGAGAAAUUACUAGUGGAAAAGGAAAAAAUCAAGAAACUAGUUUAGCAAGACCUGGAGAUACUCGUUGGGGAUCACACUACUUAACAUUACUUCGUUUAUGCUCUAUGUGGUCUUCAGUGAUAGAAAUGUUAGGAAAUGUACAUGAUGACGCCUCUUAUUCUGCAAAUAAAGGUGUUGCCGCAGGUUUAAUUGAGAAGAUGGAGAGUUAUCAAUUUGUUUUUGUGUUACAUUUGAUGAAGUAUAUAUUGGGAAUUACAAAUGAGUUAUCACUUUCCUUACAACAAGGGGAUCAAAAUAUUGUUCAAGUCAUGUCCUUGGUUAGAAGUGUGAAAUGUCGACUACAAGACUUCAGGGAAGAUGGAUGGCAGAUAAUUUUGGAACAAGUUAACACAUUUUGUGAAUUGAAUAUGAUUCCAAUACUUGAUAUGGAGGACAACAUGCUAACUCGUGGUCAUGGUAGGCGUAGAGGGCAACUCAUCACCAAUUUUCAUCAUUAUCGUGUGGAGAUUUUUUGUCAGGUUGUUGAUUUAAUUAUACAAGAGAUGAAUAAUCGUUUUUCAGAAGUUAGUACAGAAUUGCUUGGUUGCAUAUCAUGUCUUCAUCCAAGAAAUUCUUUCUCUCAAUUUGAUGUUCACAAACUCAUCCAUCUUGCUGAUUUUUAUCCCGAGGACUUCUGUGGUAUUGAUUAUUUAUUUUUGGAACAACAACUUAUGAGUUACUUUUAUAAUAUGCGAGAUUAUCCUUACUUUUCUUCAAUUGAUGACUUGGGAAUUCUUGCUCAGAAAUUGGUUGAGAUUGAAAAACAUUUGGUGUUCCCAUUGGUUUAUCAUAUGAUAGAGUUGGCAUUAGUUUUACCAGUUGCAACUGCUUCGGUUGAACGAGUGUUUUCUGCAAUGAAGACUGUGAAGACUAAUUUACGCAAUAGAAUGGGAGAUGAAUGGAUGAAUGAUAGUCUAGUUGUAUACAUUGAAAAGGAUAUUUUUUCUACAAUUGAAAAUGAGCAAAUAUUAUAA